ACGCGGGCGACAUUAAAUUAUUUCAUUAGCAGAAUUCUCUUUUAAAUUAUGUUCGAGAGUGACGAUUGGAUUUUUGAAGAUACUUUUGAUGAUGUUGGAGGAAAUGAGGAGGAAACAAAGAAGAAAUCCUAUUCUCCGUGUCAAAACAAAGAAAAGACACCGUCCGUCAAACGACGUAAAGUGGACAGUUGUGAGGUACUGCUGGCACAUAAUACCUUUAGUCAGAAAUCAAAAUUGGAUACUAUAGCAAAUAUCCAAGAUAACGAUCUACCGUCCAAGAAUAAGAACGAUGUACCACGAGGGAAUUUGUUGUUAGAAAUUUUCCAGAAAAAUACUUGUCGAGAGACAUUUGAUCUUGCAAAAGAUGUAGAGAAAGAUCCAUCAGGGAUACAAGAAGAAACGCAAUGUUUCAAUCUGAAAUAGCUGCAACGUCAAAAGUAUUCCAACAUAAAGAGUCCAAAGGAAAAUAAAGUAAGAUUCGAUAAAGAAGUAAAAUUGAUUAGACUAUUUCCUGGGCCAGCUGGCUUAGUAUCGGAUGUGAAAAGUAAUAACAUCUCUGCUGCAUCUUAUUUAAAUAGUGUUGAAGAAUUAAAAAAUAAAACGUCAACCAAGCGUAGACUUGAGAUCAAGUCUCAAGAUGAGAAAAACUCGUGUGGAGAAAAAGCUUGGAAACUUUUAUUGAACGACCUGCCAAAUAAUUUUUUACAGGAUUAUAAGAUUUCUACUGUUAAAGACAAAGCAAAUGCUAAUCACUGUGAUAGUACGAGAGUAAAGUUUAUAGCAGGUAUAUUAGAUUAUGUUGAUUAUAGUCACGACGAUCCAUUCGUUAUACUAAAAGAUUCAACAGGUAGCAUAGAAGGUACUAUUCAUCGUGACAUUCCAUCAACUUAUCCUGGCAUAUUAGAGCCAAAUAUAGUUAUUUUUUUAUGUGAUGUAGGACUAUUAAAAACUACGACAUAUGUAGUAACAAACAAAUAUCAUAUUCUAGUGUCUCUAGUAAAUUUAUUAGCUAUAUAUUCAGAUAAAGGCCGAAUUGUAAGUACACCUCUUAUGGAAAAUGUUAUAUCUAAUACUUUAAAUAGUGAAUUGAAUAGAAUUAACAAUUGUAUGUCAAUUUUGGAGAAAUCGGAUCAUAUCUCUGGACUGCAAGAAAUGGAUGAAAGUUGUAAGGCUUUUUUACAAACUAUCAGUUCUGUCGACUAUCAAGGAUCUAUCAAGGAUCAUGAAUCUGAAUUAGCAAAAAAUCUACUGUUACAUCCGACAAAUGGGAAGUACGAAAGUCCUGAGAAAAUUUUUAAGAAUGAUAAAGAUUGCAAAGUUACCAAUGAAAUACAUAAAUAUCUCGACCAUUCGAUGGAUAUGAAUGAUUUGGAUAUGAACGUUUUUUUUACUACCGACUGCAACUUUACAAGUUUGGAAGACCAGAAUUGUCGCGAUCAUUUGCUACCAAGUAUUUCGCAAACUAGCAAAAUUCAGCGAUGCAACUCGCAAAUGCAAAAUACCAAGUACUUGGAAAAUACGAAAAAAAAAUUGACCAUAACUUAUCCAAAGCAGACAAAAGAACAACACUUGCCACAAACUUUAAUAAAGAAAUACACCGAUGUAAAAAUUUGUGACACACAUUACUCGCGUGAAAAUUGUUUCUCGUCUUGCAACGAAGCAUUAUGUAGAGAUUCGAAUUUAAAUGUGAAAUUCACAUUGCCAGCAAUAAAACGUAACGUCGAAAACUCAAAAACUCUGGUAAGCUAUUUUACUGACGAUAAGUAUGACGCGUAUGAUUCGGACGAUGAGAUUUUGUCACAGUUGGAUGUAGAUAACAUCGUUGACAAACGAAAGGAAGACGGCUAAGAAGAACCGUGUAUUUCUCUCUCUCUCUCUCUCUCUCUCUCUCCCCCUCUCUUUCUAUCAACAUAAAUUAAAUGU